AUGACCGAAAACUAUGGGCAGCUUCUUUAUUACAUUCCUAAAAAGAAAAUUGAAGAUCCAUUUACUGGAUACAAAGUAGUUAUGCGAUUGGCAACUCAUCCGCUUGAAGGUGAAAUUUGUUUUACGGUUCCCGAAGAUAAGCUUCCUAUAAAACUUGACCGAUGUAUGUUUCAUUAUCAAAUGGAGAUGCCUUCAAAUUUCGUUCCUGACAACGAUGUGGCUGCAAAGAUGGUUAAUAAGUUUGAAGUGAAAAUUCUGGACAGUACUAUCUUUUCAUCAUUUACUGAUGGGUUGGAAUACGCCUUUUUCAAUCAUUUUAUCAAGAAACUUAACUUCUCCCCAAAAGCUCAAGAGAUUGAAAUGUUUGUAGAGGGACACUUUGACGCUUUCGAUGUUGAUAGCGAUGAACUGGAAACAAAACGGGUGAAGCACAAUGGGAAAACUCUUGUGGAGAACAGACAGCAAUACGCAGAAAAAAAUUGGAAACCUGAACCUGAUACAAUCAAAUUGUCGACUGAUGGCAGUGCGCUAUCUUACGAUGUUCUUUGCUCGGCAAGAGAAAGUUUUACCUCCCGGGUCAAGGGUCUCUUUCUUGGUCAAAGUAAACGAUGCUAA